CUUUGUCCCACGCUCGUGUCAUGUUGAUUAAUUCACCUUCACAUAUUCAAAGGCAAUUACAAAUAACUUUUUGUUGUAGCCUGCUGAUCGUAUUAUGAACUUGGCUUGAAGAAAGAAGGCGAUAAUGAAAAAAUCGACUAAAGCCGCAGCCUCAACGGCCUUCGCUAGAAGAAGACUGCCUAGGCGUUCUAUAGGAGAAGAGUUUGGGCAGCAUGAACCGCUCACCACUCGACUGAAGCGGCUUCUGGAGGACUACACGGAUGGACUUUCAGUUCUAAAAGAGCUUGUUCAAAACGCAGAUGAUGCCGGUGCCACAGAAAUCAGAUUCCUAUAUGAUGAAAGAACGAACGAAGAUGCCAUGAGCUAUCUGUUUGAUGAAGGAAUGAGAGACUGCCAGGGUCCUGCACUGUGGGUUUACAACGACGCUGUAUUCAGAGAUGAGGAUUUCGUGAACAUAGAAAAAUUGAGCGGCGCGACAAAAGAGCAUGACACUGAGAAGAUUGGAAAGUUCGGACUUGGCUUCAAUGCAGUCUACAACUUGACAGAUGUGCCCAUGUUUUUAAGUAGGAACUAUUUCGUGGUUUUUGACCCUCACAUGUCGCACCUCGGGGAGUUCAUCAAAAAGAACGCCGCUAGGCCAGGCAUUAAGAUUGAUCUCAGGAAAGAUGCCGACGGACUUCUGGAAUAUAGGGAUCAGUUCAAACCAUUCAAUGGCAUAUUUGGCUGCGAGUUUCAUCUGAACGGGGAAGUCAACUCAUUUGAUGGAACACUUUUUCGGUUUCCACUGAGAACAAGAGAGCAAGCGAUACGAAGUGAGAUUAAGCAGUUGUCUUACGACGACAACGAAAUGCAGAAACUGUUGCAAAUGUUUCUUCAAGGAGCAAACAAUUUGCUUCUUUUUACACAGAAUAUACUCCGCGUUGGCAUCUACCAUUUGUCACAGUUUUCACCUCAAAAUCUACGACCUUUACUGUUGUUCGAGGUUACCAAAUCAGCUUCGAAAACAGGGAUACAGAGGCCAUUAUCUUUCGAUGUCACGCUACCAGCCACGGCAAAGAAGCUCAGUAGGGAAAAACAGAAUUUCCUUAAACAAUGCAACUUCCUUCAAGUAGCAUCGAAAUUUACGAGACACGUAAGAGAUCACGAUGUUGACCCAAGGCAGUUUCCAAAAUCGACGCUCAUGGUGGACAUUGAUUGCAAUUUCACAAAAAGCGGUCUGGAUUAUUUCAAUGUUGACUCGCGUUUUCAACAGGAGAAGGUAAAAUGGCUUAUUGUGUCGUCAAUGGGCAGUGGCCAGGCAAUGCAGUUUGUCCAGAAGCAUGAUGACCCAAGUCUGGUUCCAUCAGCAGGAGUAGCAGUUCAGUUGUUAGCACAAAAAUCAAACAUAUUUUUGCCAUCGCCAGUUAUCAAGAAUGUCGAUGGAGUGGAUGCCAAUGGCACUGUUUUCUGCUACCUACCACUUCCAAUCCACAGUGGUUUGCCUGUGCACAUAAAUGGCGCAUUUGCAGUUGCUUCCAACAGACGCCAUUUGCAGGAGAAACUUGAAGAUGACAAAUCGUGUUAUAGAGUUAAAUGGAACGAAGUGCUCAUGCAAGACUCCGUUUGUUAUGCCUUUCUGAGUCUUCUCCAGGAUCUGACGUCAGUUGUUCCCGUUGGAAGCUCAUAUAAAUUCCAUUUGCUGUGGCCAACGAUUUCAAAUGUUCACCACAACUGCUCCCCUCUCAUGAUGUCUUUCUAUGAACAAGUCGCCAGAGGCGGUCUUGCGCUUUUCUCCGAUGGAGUUGACUGGGUUGACAUCAACAAGGUUUUAUUCCUUGAUCCGAAGUUCCGUAGAGAAUCUCAAAUUGGAGAAGCCUCUUUUAAAGUUUUUAAAAUGCUUUAUGGAGAAAGCAACGUGAUCAUCGAUUUACCGUCUGAAGUAUUCAAGUCGUUCGAAAAGUGUGGUCUGAAGAACGAAAUUAGUAAAAGAAGCUACAGCAAGGACUGUUUCUUCCGUAAAUGCUUCUUCAAGAAUAUUGCAAGACUUCCUACUUCCCUGAGAGAUAUACUUACCUUGCAUGCGUUGGAUGAUAACAGUAGAAAUUUCCAUCCUCUGAUAAAACAGCACGCUUGCAUUCCAGUAUCGCCAUCUGGUGAGACGCUCAAGUGCCCCAGCCAACUCUUAAAUCCUGUCAGAGAAGCAGCAUCAUUAUUCAGUCCUUGCGAUGGAAGGUUUCCUUCUGGCAGUCAAGAAUCGUAUCUUAAUCCCCAAAGACUUGCGAAACUUGAACAACUGGGAAUGGCAUCCGACGAUCUUCCAUGGUCCGAAGUUGCAGAAAGAGCUGGAAGCAUUCAGACGUUAAAUGCAGUCGACCGUAAUGGAGCAUUAAAGCGAGUGAAGGCGUUGUUAGCUUUCAUGAACACGAAGCUAGAACGAAGACACUCAAUCUCACCUACCGAUCACCGGCGUCUUGUAAAGGCCAAAUUUCUUCCCGUUCUCAACAAGCAAGACAACUUUCCUCUUCCCUGGAGGGGAUAUGGUAUUCAAAGACGUACCCAGCUGCAGGUACUGCUCGCACCCGAAGAAGUGUUCUUGGAGGAGGAAAAGUACCGAGUUUGCUGUACUCAA